CUUGGGAUGGGGUUGUUGUUGACACGUGCUAACCAUUGACAAUAAUAUGCACGGUUUGAAGUGAUCAAGCUUUUUGGCACCAUUGGCGGGGAACCUUGGUAACUAGUAGAAAACCAUUCAGUUGUUAGUUAGUCUUUAUCUUGUUUUGAUUGUUUGUUUUAUUUUGCGUUCUUGUUUGUGUUUUUGUUAUUUUCGUGUUUGUUUUCUUUUUGUGCUUUGUUUUUCACCCACUCUUCUCCCCGAAGGGUGGUUUGUGUGUUUUAUUUUCCUUAUUAGAGUUUUCAUUGUGUAGAAGCUUUUAAAUCAUGGAUCCUUAUGACUUCACCAAAGUGUGGGGGUAUUCAUCAAUACUCGAAAAUGGUUACCUCGAGGCUUCAUGGAACAAUCAACAUGGUGGAAGUCAAGGGUUCAGAUUCUCUUACCACCCCCCUUCCAAGAAGAAAAACCAUAUCCAUGGAGAUAUGAAGAGGCUUCCUCAUUCCAAGAAGAUUUCCUUCCACCACCGGAACCAAGAAGCGAAUUGGAACUCUUGGUGGAGCGGUUUACGCGGGGACUCGAUGGAGCCUCCUCAAGUAUGGAACAAUCAUGCUACACUCCACAAUCAUCGAUGAGCCAAUCAGAGCUCAUGGUGGAGUGGUUCAUCCGAGAUACCGAAGCGAGCUCUGAGGUGAAAUCCUUAGCCACCACUCCUAGCGACUCAUCUUUUCUAUGGUCAACGGAGCAGUUCCUCCGAAAAACAGAGAGAAUAGGAGAGAUUGUCAAGCAAGCAUGUGCACAACUUCUUCAAAAAAAAAAAUACCAUUUGAAGAAAAAGGAAAGGAGGUCAAAGGCGAGAAGGAAGGUUGUGGAAGAGGAAGUGAGCUUCAAAGAAGAGGAAGAUCUUGAACGUUCCCAACUGGUGGAACGAAUUGAAGAAAAGAGAAGGGAAGUUGCAGAAGCAAAUGGUGCCCAUGAUGAGGGCAAGAUUGUUGUGGAUGAAGCUUCAACAAGUUACAAGUGCUAUCAAAGCUUUCCACUCGACCUCGAUGUACUUUUGGAGAAGGACCCAUUUGCGUCUCUUUGCCGAGCCAAGGCCAAACCAUCAGGGAUCCCUCUUGAUGGAUGCGAUGAAAUUCAAUUAAGUGUGCACUACAUGGGGUGGGGCAAAGAGAAAAGGGAUGAAGGAAAGGAGGCGAGGACUCGUGGGUGGAGCCUCAUGACAAUUCAAGUUCACGAGCCCUCAAUCAUGGACUCGUCCAAUGCUAGUGACUUGAGACACCACCUCACCAACAAGAACCUAAACCUCAAGGAGGUUCAAAGUUGGACCGGAUACUUGAAGACAAUCAUCCGAUGAUACGACUUGAAAGACGCACUAUUUGUGAGAUACUCCAACAACCGGUUUGAAUUUCCUUAAUUUUUAAAAAUAAACUUGCAUGUUUGAUUUUGUUUAAAGUGGUUUUUAUAAUUUUAGUUAGUGAAUGAAUCCCUUCAAUGUCAAGUAUUAUAUGCAUGAUUGUUGGAAACUAUCUAGUUGCUUGAGGAAUUGUUGGAAUUCUUGUUGUGUUGAGCAUGUGUGUUAGCUUGGUCUUCCAAUUAAGCUACUUAUGGAAAGGGUAUGGCAUGGCUAGUGAAAUAGGAUCAUAAAAUGUAUUCUUAUGA